CGUUCACGGAGACGUCCGCUGCCGAGGCCAGCGAGCCAGAGUCCGAAUCCGCGGUGGGGUCGGACCAGAGACCGGGCCGGAGCCCGGAUUCUGGACCGGGCCUGGAACGUCUGGAGUUCCACCAGGAGGAAGAUUCACCCGGGAAACGGCAGAACCCGAUUAUCCUGCGAGACGAGAAGGGCUACUCGUGUUCUCAGUGCAGCGAGACGUUCAGGAACCGGCGCAAGUUCAUCAGCCACCGGAAGGUGCACCGCAGCGCCGAGCCCACGUGUGCCUCACCUGCGGCAAGCAGUUCAAGUUCAAGUACAAGCUGCUGCAGCACCACCGGUGUCACACGGGGGAGAAGCCCUUCUCCUGCGAGCUGUGCAGCAAGACGUUCCGGCAGCAGGGCGACCUGGUCAGGCACAUGAGGACUCACACGGGCGAGAAGCCGCACAGCUGCGACACGUGCGGGAAGAGCUUCAGCCGGCAGGGCCACCUGGCGCGGCACAUCAAGACGCACACCGGCGAGAAGCCGCACGCCUGCGAGGCCUGCGGGAAGGGCUUCAGCACGCACGGCCACCUGGUGCGCCACAUGAGGAUUCACACGGGCGAGAAGCCGUUCGCCUGUGGCACGUGCGGGAGGAGCUACACCUCCAACUGCUCCCUGCUGUUCCACAUGAGGACGCACACGGGCGAGAAGCCGUACACCUGCGGGACGUGCUGGAAGAGCUUCACGGCCAAACGCUCCUUGAUGCUGCACAUGAGGACUCACACGGGCGAGAAGCCGCACUCGUGCGAGACGUGCGGCAAGAGCUUCAGCCAGCAGGGUCAGCUGGUGCAGCACACCAGGACGCACACGGGCGAGAAGCCCUACAUCUGCGGGACGUGCGGGAAGAGCUUCAGCCAGCAGGGGCCGCUGGUGCAGCACAUGAGGAUGCACACGGGCGAGAAGCCGUACAUCUGCGGAACGUGCGGGAAGAGCUUCAUUUCCAAGGGCUCGCUGAUGUUCCACAUGAAAAGUCACACGGGCGAGAAGCCGUACGCCUGCGAGACGUGCGGGAAAAGCUACAGCGAGCAGUCCAAGCUGAUGGUCCACAUUCGGUCUCACACGGGCGAGAAGCCUUUCAGGUGCGCACCUGCGGGAAGAGGUUCAUCACCAAGUCCGUCCUGAAGAAGCACACCAUGCUGGUCCACACGCAGUGCCAGCCGUCCUCCUGCGGCGCGUGCGGGAAGACGUUCACGUCCGACCUGUCGCUGUCGCUGCACAUGAAGAGACACGCGCUGGAACACUCCCACGCCUGCCACACCUGCGGGAGAACCUUCCCGUACAGGUCCAUGCUGUCCAACCACAUGCGGAGUCACGAGUAGGCCGCUCUUCGUCACAUCUGUCCCAUCAUGCUCCCCGAACGGGUCAAAGUGCUCUUUACCGAGAACAGAGACGCUCAUUUACAAAACAGGCCAAGCGCAGCCGCUUUGUACCUGAUGCUGGUAUCGAUGUCGGUAUCGAUGCAUCCCUAAAAAAAAAAAACUUUAUUGAAAGCAAAACCAACCAUAGAGCUGAAAGUUAAAGUCAUGAUGCAGUUUAUGGGGAACAUUUGCAAACAAUCUGCAGGAAGUUUGAAUUUUCUGCUUGUAAUCAUGUUGUAGGUUACAAAAAAAAAGAAAAGACCCAAAUAUAUAUUCAUUCCUUUGUAAAGUGGUGUUUAAAUGAAAUGUGUGAAGACUUCCUCUGUGUUUGUGAUGAAUCUCGUACAAACCUUUCAGAAAGUGUCGCCUCUGUUUCGUACGACAGCGUGUUAAAAGAUGAAGGUCGACGUCGAAAACCUUUCAGCUUUGGCAAACUUAUUUAUUCCACUUCCAUGUUUUCUAUUUAUUGGAUUUUAUUCUCGGCUUUGUGACGGUUUCCUCGGCUCAGUGUCGUCCUGUGUCCUCGUGUGGAGCUUGUUGUCAAUAAAGGUCGAUUGAAGUCA